GUACGGCAUUCUUCUAACAUUUCUCGUCCUCCCACUCGUCGCAUUGUCAUCCGCUACCAUCAAUUGAACCUGUCAGACAGACUCUUCUAACAAAUACUCAGAUAUGACUCGGUCUUUGUCGCCAACUCAGUUCGCAAUGAUGUCGCAAACCUUAUCCCAUCGUCUUCAUUGCGGCCAUGCUCGGACCCUGCCAUGACAGCCUUGGCCCAGGUGGCUCUCUUGAGACUUGGCGCCUCUCGUGCCAUGAUAUCUCUAUUUGAUUGUCAACACCAGCAUAUUAUCGCCGAAGCUACCCCUACGCUUCGCAUAUCUGCUCACGCCAACCCCCCCAGUUCUGAUUCUGAUAGCCUCUGGCUUUGUGGCACAGCAAUACCUCGAGCCUAUGGUAUUUGCGAUCGCAUACUGGUUUCCCAAGAAUUUGGUGAACCACAGCAAGCACCAUCAACGUUUGAGCUGCCUGUUACGGUCAUAGGUGACCUCGCUAAAAAUGAAGAGUUUCGAAAUACCUGGUACUAUCAGACACGACCUGAGCAUCGGUUCUACGCGGGAGUUCCAAUCCGAACUCGUCGAGGUAUCAACAUCGGCGUCUUCUGUAUUCUCGACAACGAACCACGGGAGACACUUGACGAAGCAUCAAUUCAAGUUAUGCGAGAUAUUUCAGCAUCUGUUUUGGGACAAAUGGAACUAACACGAUCUGGAGAUGGCCGACGUCCUGGUGAACGCAUGGUUCGCGGUUUGGGAAGCUAUGUGGAGGGAAAGACCACCAUGUCAGGAUGGCAGACCAGUUCCACUCAUGCCUUCAAUACCGAUGCUAGUACAGAAGAAGGAUCUCUCAACCAGACGCAACAGAAAAUUCAGAACGAGAGAGAUAAUGCCACUGCUGUUGCCGACACGGAAAACAUAGCGACACCAGAUACCUUUGUUCUUGAAAGCCCUAGCGAGAAAAGGCCGACAAGCCCCUUUCACGCAACUGGCAAGCCUCCUCAUUCGGCUCCAACGGGGGAAGAAUCACGACAAUAUCAGCUGAACCAAAUAUUUUCCAAAGCAGCAAACAUACUACGCGAGUCGAUUGAAGUCGAGGGGGUCCUCUUCUUGGAUGCGGGUAUUGGCUCUUUUGCUGGCAGAAUCCGGUCCGGCUCUUUACGACGUGAUUCACAGAUCCACGAUCGUUCUUCGUCUUCAUCCUCAUCUUCAUCCUCCCCAAGUCGAGGUAAUAUUUCCGUCUCAUCUCCCAGGAAUUUAGCAGAUUCACGGUCCCCGGGCGCUAUGUGCCCUGUCCUUGGAUUCUCUACGUCUUUGUCUUCCAGCAUCAAUGGCGAAGCCCCCACAGGACGCAGUCGAGCCAUCCCUGAGCGGCAGCUCCAGAGGCUAUUACGCCGCUAUCCAAAAGGUAAGAUCUUCAACUUUGAUGGUGAUGGAGUGCUGGCAUCGAGUGAUCCGACAAGCGAAGACUGGGCUAUGGCAGCUUUCCAAGCCCAGAAAGCUCGGAGCAAUCAAGAAGGACAAACGGGCGAGAACCAAAAAUCGCGAAAGGCAAAUGACCCUUAUUCACGAAGAAAUGAAGGCAUGGCUAUUCGUGAUCUGUUCCCAGGAGCACGCAGCGUCGCUUUUGUACCUCUCUGGGACUCUCACAGAGAGCGCUGGUUUUCUGGGUGUUUUGUCUAUACAAUGACACCAACCCGCAUCUUUACGGUCCAGGGCGAGCUGAGCUACCUUGCAGCAUUCAGCGCAGUCAUCAUGGCAGACGUCGCAAUGAUGGAGAGUUCUAUUGUAUCCAUGGCGACGACAUCCUUACUCAGCUCCCUAUCACAUGAGCUACGGUCUCCUCUUCACGGCAUUGUUCUGUGUGCUGAACUAUUACACGAUACCGCACUAGAUGUAUUCCAGGGCGACGUAUUGCGGUCCCUUGAGGUCUGUGGUCGUACACUCCUGGACACGAUCAAUCACUUGCUUGAUUGGACACGCAUCAACAACUUUGUCAAGGCACCCAACGCACAGUCGCCAAACUCAAGUACUGCCUACAGGAGAGGCGCACAGUCUACUCAGAGAAGCAAACCAACGGACGGUAUGAUGCAUAUCACCUCAAAUCUGGAUCUGGACAUGUUGGUGGAAGAAGUUGUGGAAUGUAUUCAUGCGGGCCACACCUACCAACAGCAAUCACUCUCGCUUCUUCAAGAUAAUAAGCCGAAUGAAGAACUCAAUCGUGACCCUUUUACUCGCCUUGAUGGUAUGGAAGUUGCGGAUAGUAUCAAGGCCGGAGGCAAGAACAGCAAUAGAGCUGGUCCUGAUGCGGUCCUUGUGAUCUUGGACAUUGACCCAGCAGUAGACUGGGCGUUUCAUGUCGAGUCAGGGGCACUGAGGCGCAUAAUAAUGAAUCUUUGCGGCAAUGCCCUCAAGUACACUACACGGGGUUAUGUCAAAGUUUCCGCCUACCAGGAUCCUCCUGGGCAAAACCGGUUAAGGGACCGAGUCGUUCAUAUCGAUAUCACUGACACAGGAGCUGGCAUCGGGCAAGAAUAUCUCAACCACCGCCUGUUCGCUCCGUUCUCUCAAGAGAAUAUCCAUUCUUCGGGCGCUGGCCUUGGGUUGAGUCUUGUUAGGAAAUUUGUUAGAGCCCUCGGAGGCUCCAUACAUGUUGAAAGCAAGGUGGGCACGGGAACCCGCAUCGCGGUGAAGCUUCCACUACAAGCUGUCAGCAUUGAUUCGACGGAAACGAUAUCCGCCAGGGAGGAGUUUCAGUCCCAGGUCGUCGAGUUGUCAGGUCUCCGCGUUUGUAUCAACGGCUUCACACCUUUCAGGGGAGGUGGCUCAGAUAGUCAACGUUGGAAUUCUAGGGAGUUCGACGAACAUGCCUUGCUGGAAAAGGUCUGCCGCGAGUGGUUGCGCAUGCAAGUCGUCGAUUCUCUGAACAACGCCGAAUAUCUUCCUGACCUGAUCCUUUGUGACGAAUCUCAUCUUGAAACGAUAGCAAACCAACCUCGAGACGAGCUUUCGUCGCCAGUUAUCGUGGUCUGUCGCAGUGCUGCGGUUGCCCAAUCGCUUGACAGAUCACAGAGGUCAUAUCGCAAGCUCAAUUGGGGGUUGUUUAGUUUCAUAUCGCGCCCUGUUGGGCCGAGGAAGCUUGCCAAAGCUUUUGUUCUCUGCUUCAGGCGUUGGACAAAAUUACAAGCAACAGCUGCGGACCGUGCCAGUGUCUCGACCAGACUCGACGAGCCGCCAACUGUACCGAUGACAGAAGCCGAUCUUGUCAGACAUGGGCCCAGUGACAAAGACCGCGGAUAUUUUGACAUUGCUCCAAUGUUAACUCCUAAGAAGAGAAGGGCGCAUUGGGAUGACGAUGGCACACAGACUCCAUUACCAUCAGUGCCUGCUUUGCAACUAGUACAUCCACCACCUCCGGAUCAACGGUUCCUUCUGGUAGAAGACAAUGCUAUCAAUAUGAGGAUCCUGCAAACUUACAUGAAGAAGCUGGGUGUGGAGUACGACUCGGCCUCGGAUGGGCUCCGAGCUCUGGAGUGUUACAAAGCUCAAGAAGGGUGUUACAAGUGUAUUUUGAUGGAUAUUUCCAUGCCGGUAAUGGACGGGUUUGAGGCUACACGACAAAUUCGAGGUUUUGAGAAGGCCUCAAAUUUGCCUCGAAGACAUAUCGUCGCCAUAUCUGGCCUCGCCUCGCAGGAUGCACAGGAGGAUGCUUUUGCGAACGGACUGGAUCUGUUUCUCUCCAAGCCAGUGCAGCUCAAGGAGCUCAGUCGGAUUCUCAAGAGUCGAGGACUGAUUUAGACAGGGUUGGAUCUGAUGACACGAACACGAAGCGAACACGAUACCACGAUUUUUUUUUUGGGGGGGGGUUAUUUUUGUAGAUUACUUGGAGGCUCUGGCGUUGAUGCGGUUUUAUCCGCUGUAUAAUACAAUACCCAGGCACGGAUUUGCGAGGGAGCGUCUUAUUGUGGCAUGUUACUAGACAGGAUAGAACGCAGGCGCAAACGGGUUCUUAUUGGGGGGGACUUGCAUUAGGGAAUAGGAAACA